CAGCGUGUGCGCGGCGUUUCGACGAUCAGUGUUGAGGAGAAGCUUCACGCGGAAACCGAUUCAAAGUCAGCUCGGCGGGGCGGCGGCGGCGACACGCCAGCGGGUCCGCAUUUGUUGUCACGGGAUGCACGUCCUCCGAAAAAAGGCCGAAAAGUAAACAGGAAUCGAGGUGGUAGCAGCGAGCGGCCGGCUGGAGGGAUGAGCAGACACCGCUGGACGACUAGCAUCACCUCCGCCAACGGCUGAAGCGUCACAACGAGCCGGGAUUGUUGUUUUUUUUCGCCCCCCGGUAGCGCUCACAAAGACGGAAAGAGAGAGGCGAAGCCAAGAUGGAGAUGGUGUUUUUCCGGUUACCGGGUCACGGAGACAUGACCCUGAAGCACAUGAACUCGCUGAGGUCGCGCCAGCACUUCUGUGACGUCACCAUCAUCGCCAGCAACAACCAGAUAUUCAGGGGACACAAGGUGGUGCUGGCCGCCUGCUCGCCCUUCCUGAGGGACCAGUUCCUCCUCAACCCGUCACCAAAGCUGCAGGUGUCGAUGCUGUACAGCUCCUCGGUGGUGUGCGACCUGCUCCAGUCCUGCUACACCGGCAUCCUGCACUUCAACCCCGAGGAGAUCGUCAACUACCUGACCGCUGCCAGCUACCUGCAGAUGGAGCACAUCGUGGAGCGCUGCAGAGGAGCGCUGGAGAAAUACGUGCAGCUGAAGCAUCCCGCUCUAGCUAAGGCGGCUGUAGAGGAGAGCCAGGCCACACCAGUGAUCGUCAGCAGCAUCCAGUCGGUUGGAUCUCCUUCCCCACGCCGACCUUCUCCUGUCCAACCCAACAGUCCCGCUGUGUGCUCAGUGGAGGAGAACAGCGGUGAUGCUCCUCCUCAGGACAGCAUUCAGCCCCAGGACAGUCCCAUCUUGGAUGAUCCGUGUAUACAGGUUCCUGGAUCAGACGAGGAGGAGGAGACCAGGCAGGAGGACUUUGAUGUGUUCAGAGUGUACAUCUCUGAGGAGGAGCAGAUGAACAGAGACAGAGAACGGGAAAAAGCAGCAGCAGGAGAUGGACCUCAGGAUGUUUGUUUCCCAGAAACAGAAGGAGUUCUGAUUGGAGAAGGUGGAGAGUAUGACUUUAACUCAGUAGAAGAUCUCAGCUCUGGAGGACUUUCAGCUGAGACCAUCCGAGCCUUCAGGCGAAGACUUUCAGACUCUAAGAUCGGCCGAGGCAGGGGAAGGGGCAGGGGGAGGGGAUUCAAAAGGAGAAGGUGGAUGUCACAUCAGGAGAAAAGACCUUCAGUCCUGGCCCAGCACCAGGACUUAUGGUACCUGACAGCCGCUGGACUGGGUGGUUUUGGGCUGGACUACAGCCAGGAGGCACUUAAAGCAGCAGCAGGAGGUUUCCUCCCAUUGGAACUCCCCCGGUUGGACUUCAGCUUGGGUGACGUUCAGGGGGACAGGAUCUCCCCGAUGACAGCCAGCAGCUUGAACCAGUUUUCCUUGGAGGACUCUGGCUGCAGCGCAGGAGAAGGAGGUUCAGGGCUGACCAGCGUCGGAGCCAACGAGGGCGGGGACGAGUCUGUGGCGGUGGUGGGUUCUACGUCCAGCGUGGUCGGCCCCGUCAUCUGCGAGCACUGCGGCCUGACCUUUCCGUCGGCCCACUCCCUGGCCGUCCACGCCCGCUCCACCCACCUCCUGUACGCCUGCCCCUGCUGCGGCAAACACUUCCACCACUCGGCCAACCUGACGCGCCACAUGGCCGUGCACCGGGGGGCCGGAAAGACGCACCAGUGCCCCCUCUGCUACAAGACCUUCACCCAGAAGUCCACCCUGAUCGACCACAUGAACCUCCACAGCGGCGAGCGGCCGCACCGCUGCGCCUACUGCCACGCCCGCUUCGCCCACAAGCCGGCCCUACGGCGCCACCUGAAGGAGCAGCACGGCAAAACCACGGGGCAGAACUCCCUCCACGAGCAGGAGGAGAGAGAGCGGGCGAGCGGGGCAGUUGGGAGGAUACGAGAGGAGGAUCAGGAAUGUCUCGUUACCGAGCAAGUGUCGUAGACCAAAACGUCUUAACGAGUUGGACAGUUUACUGCAGGUAGAUGUGGUCUGGAGGGUCCCAGCGUGGGCGUCAGGAAAGAGCUGAAAAUGACUUUGAUGCCUUUAAAUUCUACGACUGCCAAAAUAGGAGCUCUUUUAAACGAAAUGUGUUUGCAUAAAAUAAUAAACAACGGCUGCUUUUAUCUCACCUGUUGUCCUCAUUUACAGCCACCAAAAAAUAUUGUUUCCUUGUCUGAAAAAAUUCAGCAAAAAAUUCCCCAAAUUUCUGAAAAUUUGCAAAACCUUCAGGAAAAACUUUACCUAAAAAAAAUAUUUAAAAAAAAAAUCCCCCAAAUUUGGCAAGAAAAUUCUUGUAAAUAUUUUCCAAAAAAAGGUGAAGAACUUGAUGAAAGUUUGAAAAUGUGGAAAAAUUAUAUAUUUUCACAGUGAAAAAUCUGAUGUCAACAUUUUUAAUCUUUGAACAUUUUUUGGUGAAAAAGAAAUGUUUCGCUGGAUUUUGGUUGAUUUUUAUAUGAAUGUUCUGAAAGAAAAUAUCAGAAGUUUUACUGAUAUAUAAGGAAUUACUUUAGAUGUUUUUAGGAUUUUUUUUGGAAGAUUUUUACUCAUUUUUUAAAAAUAUUUACAAGAAUUUUCUUGCCAUAUUUGAAUUUUUUUUAAAUAGAACUUUCAAGGGAAAAUGAGUAAAAAUCUUCCAAAAUAUCCUAAAAAUAUCUAAAGUGAUUACAUAUAUAUCAUUAAAACUUUUAAUAUUUUCUUUAAGAACGUACAAAAAAUCAAAGUCCAGUGAAAUCGGCUGGAUUUUGGUUGAUUUUUUUUUGUGAAUGUUCUGAAGAUUUUUUUUAUUUUAACAUCUUUUUUUCCACCAAAAAAUGUUCAAAAAUUUCCCAAAAAUGUUGAAAACGUGGACAUCAGAAGUUUCACUGUGAAAAUAUUUUUUUCCCACAUUUUCAAACUUUAAAUUUGCCAAACCUUCAGCAAGAAAUCAAGCUUUUAAGGGAAACUUUUCUGGAAUUAUUGAAUUUUCUUCCUGAAGGUUUUUGCAAAUUUUCGGAAAUUUGGGGAAUUUUUUUGCUGAUUUUUUUUGUAUUUUGUCUCAGACGAGGAAACCAUAUUUUUGGUGCCUGUAAAUGAAGACAACAGGAGGGUUAAACACGCCGUGUCACAGUAGGAAAAUAGGUGUUAACGUAUCGAUGGAUCUAUUUAACUUGUGACAGUGAAUGAACGACACCGAGACCCUGAAACCAAAGCAGAUAAGUACAGUUUAAUCAUCUGUAUUUUUAUCAUUUACAGCCGUGCUUUUCCUACCGCGUCGACUUCAAGGCCUUUUGAUUUUAUCGUCUUAAGAACAGUUUGACUCAGAACUGUAAAUAAAAUAAACGGAAAGUGUCUUCUGUGUUUAGCCGCCCGUGUUUUAGCUCUUCCACACGGGUGUUUACACGUAUGUUGCCUGAUUGGACCUCAGAAUGAGACGUGUCUUAAUGUGCUUUUGAUAAAAGAUGUGUAAAAUAUGUGACGAUCUGAUAAGACUUGUUCCUCUGUUGCAAAAUGUUGUUCAGGAAAUAAACUCUGAAAGUGAA